GGCUGGGCAACUUCUUAUUCUUUUUCUUCUCAAAGGCUACGUCAGACUUUUAUCCCUUCCCGUUGGGUGAGCCAGAGAGAUGCCUUCGAGGUCUUUUUAGAAAUCAGUAGUAAACCGUGGGGCGGCUCGAGGUGCGAGUCAGUUGAUCGAAAGAUGCUGUGCCGCAAAGUAGUUGUUGUUCUCCUUGUUUGUUUGUUCUCUAUUGUCUGCGGAAUGCCGCAUACUGGCGACAAUAUCCAGGAUUCAUCUGGGCUUCCGUUCAUUCAAUUUACCAAUGGAGGUAUCAGAUUAAAUUUCGGAGGGUACCAUGCAGCUGCUGGAUUAGGAGGACUUCUUGGAGGAUCCAGAGCAGGAGGUGGUCUCCAUGCCAGCGCUGGAACACCAUGGGGUGCACACGCGGGUGCUGGUUUGGGUGGGAUACUCGGUGGUGACAAUGCAAAUGCUGGAGGAGGCCUGUACGCGAGGGCCGGCCUCGGAAACGGAAGAUCGGAAGUAGCAGCAGGAUUAGGAGGAGUUCUGGACGGAAGCGGAAGUACCCCGUCUGGUGGAGGAUUGUACGCUGGUGCGUCCAUGGGCGGGCAUGGGGUUGGAGUGUCUACUGGAAAUGUUGGCGGUGGAUCGAAUGGGCCAAGCGAAUCAAAUAAUGCACAAUCUAGCACGGAAAGUACAGAAGGAAAAUCAAUCAAAGGCACAAGUAAUAUUCAAAUCAUUUCGCAUCCAGGAAGAAAACCUCAUAAAAUAAAACAGGCAUUGGACGAAUCUUCUGGAUCGAAUGAGGCAUCUAAACAAGUUGUGCUAGCGGCGAACAAAGAGAUACGAGAAGUACAAUCCAUCCAAUCGCCACCCACACCAGCAGCCAGCAUUUUCGAGACAUUUGCCGUGAAUCCUGUUCCACAAGCAUUUGUGGGAAAAGUGAAAAUCGUGGGUGGUGUAAUACCGGAAGCACCUCCGGUACCUCCUUUACCUAGCCAAGUGAACGAAGUGGUGCAAAUUGAGCAUCGUCCUCAUCGAGUGAAAUUAGUGUACCCAAAAUGGGUAGUCAGGAAGAGAUUUUGGGGACCCAGGAAACAAAUCAUUAUCAAUUCAUCUGUGGAAAGUCAAGAAACUCCGGAAGCAAAUGCUCAUAAGAUUUCACGUCGUCAAAUACCAAAUUAUAACAACAACAGACCUGUAUCAGGACAGAAUGGUGUACCAGUGCAAAAUGGCAACAAUAGUGGUUUCUUUGAUGACAUAUUUCAGAUACCGGUAUCGACGUUAAACGCUGUCAACCAGUUCUUAAAUAACAACACUUCUUAACCAACAGUAUUUUUUAUGACAAAUUCUAAUAUACGGGUGUGAUUUAGUUAAUAGAGAGUUAAUAGCUAAUUAGAGAGCUAUUAAAUACCAUGUACACAUGAUUUUUUGAAGAUUUCUAAAAUAAAUUUAUUAAACGAA